AUGGGACCGCAGCCCGACCAAGCGCAGAUGCACUUCAGUCCCAAGGUGGACUACAUCCUGAUCCUGGACAAGUUGCGCGAGGAUUUCAACAAGAAGUUCGCCGUCAAUGUGCCAUCGCCCAGCACGGGAUUGGAUGACUACGAUGUGAAGGCCACCCUGGGUUCCGGAUCCUUUGGCAAGGUGCAGUUGGUGAGGGACAAGGAAUCCGGGGUGUACUAUGCCUCCAAGCAGCUGAGCAAGGAUCAAAUCGUCAAGACCAAACAGAUCAGCCACGUGAUGAGCGAGAAGAACGUCCUGCGAUCGAUGACGUUCCCGAAUACGGUCAAUCUAAUAGCCUCCUACAAGGAUUUUGACAGUCUGUAUCUCGUACUUCCCCUUAUAGGCGGCGGAGAGCUCUUCACCUAUCACAGAAAAGUGCGAAAGUUCACUGAAAAGCAGGCUCGUUUCUAUGCUGCCCAGGUUUUCUUGGCUCUGGAAUACAUGCAUCAUUGCAGUCUGCUCUACAGAGAUCUGAAACCCGAGAACAUAAUGAUGGAUAAGAAUGGGUACUUGAAAGUAACCGAUUUUGGAUUUGCUAAGAAAGUUGAGACCCGUACCAUGACCUUGUGUGGAACUCCGGAGUACUUGCCUCCGGAGAUCAUACAAUCGAAGCCCUAUGGAACCAGCGUGGACUGGUGGGCUUUUGGGGUCUUGGUAUUUGAGUUCGUUGCGGGUCACUCCCCGUUUUCCGCCCACAACCGAGAUGUGAUGAGCAUGUACAACAAGAUCUGCGAGGCGGACUAUAAGAUGCCCAGCUAUUUCAGUGGGGCCUUGAGACACUUGGUGGAUCACUUGCUGCAGGUGGAUCUCUCCAAGCGUUUUGGCAACUUAAUCAAUGGCAAUCGGGACAUCAAGGACCACGAGUGGUUCAAGGAUGUGGAGUGGAUCCCCCUGCUCAACCAAACAGUGAAUGCCCCCUAUGUGCCCAACAUCAGCAAUCCGGAGGAUAUAUCCAACUUCGAUAAGGUCUCCGAGAAGCCACGGCCCAAGGCCAAAACCAUGCGACAUGAGGAAGCCUUCGCGGAUUUCUGAAUUUUGUUUGACUUGUAAUAGUGAUAGACCCUUUGAUUCUGUAAAUUUUCGACAGCAUUAGCUAAACACUCGAUUCUA